CUUGUCUGCGACUGCUUUUCAUUAUUCGCCGCGUAUAUAUGCUUUCUUGUCUGCAAAAGAGAUCAAAGGGCUUUAAAUGUCUGCGAAGGAAGAUUGCCGUCACCUCACACUACCGCCGUUGAUUAAAGCCAUAGCUGCAAAUGAAGUGGACGGUUUUGAUGAACCCAAACCAUCAGUUUUCAUGAUCGAAGCAGCAAAUAUGGAUACUAGAGAUCGUUCGAUCUCCAUUAGUAUGCCGCCUUCUCCACUAGGUGAGGCCAAAGGGGCUAAAUUCCAUUCUCAGCCAAUGCCCAAACCUUCGGCAGUGCAUCCGGUUUAUGACAAAAGAUUCAACUCUUUCAAGACAUGGUCUGGCAAACUCGAAAGACAACUCUCGAAUCUACGUGGCAUUCACCUAGAAACUGAGCCAUUGCCGGCACAAGAUUGCUUUGAAAAUGUACCCGUACACAGAUAUUUCGAUGCUUUGGAGGGCCCAGAAUUGGACACUUUACGGGCCUCCGAGGAAAUCAUUCUACCAGAAGACAAGCAAUGGCCAUUCCUCCUCCGGUUCCCCAUCUCCUCCUUCGGUAUCUGCCUCGGCCUCGGGAGCCAAGCCAUAAUGUGGAAGAGCCUCUCGUCCUCCCCCGCCACCGCCUUCCUCGACGUCACACCUCACAUCAAUCUAACAAUAUGGGUCAUCACCGCAGCCCUAACCCUCGUCAUCGCCAUCAUCUACGCUCUAAAACUGAUCUUCUACUUCGAGGCCGUCCACCGCGAGUACUGCCACCCGGUCCGCGUCAACUUCUUCUUCGCCCCGUGGAUCACCCUCCUCUUCUUAGCCCUCGGAGUUCCGCCCUCAAUUGCUCAAACGCUUCCCGCGCAUUUGUGGUACAUCCUCAUGGCCCCGAUCUUGUGCCUCGAGCUCAAGAUCUACGGCCAGUGGAUGUCCGGCGGCCAGAGGCGGCUGUCCAAGGUGGCCAACCCUACCAACCAUCUCUCCGUCGUGGGGAAUUUCGUCGGGGCUUUUCUUGGAGCGUCGAUGGGGCUUACCGAAGGUCCUAUUUUCUUCUUCGCCGUCGGAAUGGCGCAUUAUAUGGUGCUGUUUGUGACGCUUUACCAGCGGCUUCCGACGAAUCAGACGCUCCCGAAAGAGCUACACCCUGUUUUCUUCCUCUUCGUCGCCGCCCCCAGCGUCGCCUCCUUAGCUUGGGCUAAGAUUCAGGGCUCCUUCGACUCUGGCUCGCGCAUCGCCUACUUCAUCGCCUUGUUCCUCUAUGCUUCGCUGGCGGUUCGAGUAAACUUUUUCAGAGGGUUCAAAUUCUCGAUGGCGUGGUGGGCCUACACGUUUCCAAUGACGGCGGCGGCGCUAGCGGCGAUCAAGUACUCGGGCGCGGUGACGUGCAGAGCGACACAGAUAAAGGCUGUGAUGCUCUGUCUCGUGGCGACGGUGGCGGUGGUGGCGCUGCUUGUGAACACGGUGGUGCACGCGGUGGUGCACGGGGACCUCUUCCCGAACGAUAUGGCGAUCGCGAUCAGCAAGAGGCGGCCGAGGCGGCGAUGGUACCACAAGAGAUCGGGCAGCUCCGACAGCAACAUCGAGAAGUACCUUAAGUUUAUCGAAGAUGGGAAAGAUGUUGAGGCUUCUCUUCAUUCUUUCGCUCAACUACUACCCAAGAAUGAGAUUUGAGCAUGCUCUGUUUUUGCUAAUCAAGUGAGGAUAUCUCUGCGAUUCGGAGAGAUCAAUUUCCGGUGAUCUUGAUUUUUCGUCGCUUCGUUUCAAUCUCAUUAGUUAAAACCAUAUUUUGGUUCCUUGAUUAUUUUGCUCGUGUGUAUUUUUCAUGUGCAAGUGCAUAUUUCUGAGUGAUGAAUGAUGAGUUUGUUCAGUUCA